AUGACAGAAACGAUCAAAGACUACAUUACGCGCAUUACCCGGUUAGUUAAUCAAAUCAAAUCUUGUGGGGAAACGAUUCUUGAGCAGAAUGUUGUAUCGAAAGUAUUGCGUUCGUUGACGUCGCGUUUCGACAACAUAAUUGUGGCUAUUGAAGAAUCAAAGGAUCUAACAACUUUGAGCAAGGAUGAAUUGCAAAGCUCGUUAGAGGCACAUGAACAAAGGAUGGAUGAGAGAGGCGCCGACAAAGCCAAAGCGGAGAUUGCUUUGCAAGCGCAUUUCAAUGAAAAGAAUAAGAGGUCGAAAGGAAAAUUUGCGGCGAGAGGUAAAUCAAUUUUUCAGAAAUUUGGUUCAAACGAUUCGCAAAAUUCAAAGUAUUCGACGGGUGAAAAGGGUGAAAGUAGCUCCAAGGAUAGUGGUCAUAGCAAUGGUUUUAAGAAGCGUGAUGUCAAUAAGAUGCAAUGCUACAAGUGCAGAAAGUUUGGACACUUUGCAAAUUCGUGUCGUGGUAAAUCGAAUGAGAAUCACAACAAUGAAGCCAAGGUUGCUAGGGGAGAGGUAGAUGAUGAGGACACACUUCUAGUAAUGAUCACGGAGGAGAGAUAUGAUAUUACAGAUGUUCUGGGCAGCAGCUAUAGUAGUGACAGUUUGCGGGACAGCAGUUGUACCGUUCCGGAAAAUAGCGAGAAAAUGCAUUCGGAUCGAAGUGCAUUGGUUACUGUUCAUGAUGGAGUCCAAGGGAGAGAUGAGUGGUACUUGGAUUCCGGUUGUUUCAACACAUAUGACGGGUCGAAAAGAUUGGUUUGUGCAAAUCAAUCAAGCGGCAAAAAGUAA